UUCACAGCCCAACCCCAAGUCCCAAACACACACAACACUCAGUUUCCUCACUCGCUCUUAGCUCAGCUCUCUUUCUCUGUCUCUCUUAGUUUACAAUAUCACUCUCCUUCUCCAACACACAAACACUGAGAUAGAUAAGAAAAUAGAAGUGAAAGAGUGCUAUAUAUGGAGUGUUUCUAAAAGCUAACUAGGGGUUGAAGCUAGCUAGACCUGUGUUUUUGUUUUUUUUUGGCACUUUUUCUUAUCUUUGGCAAUUGGGUUUUGUUAAUGGGUCUUACUUCUUUGCAAGUUUGCAUGGAUUCUUCUGACUGGUUACAGGGCACAAUUAACGAUGAAUCUGGAAUGGAUUCUUCUUCACCCUCUGGGGACAUGCUAACAUGUUCAAGGCCCUUGAUAGAGAGGCGGCUGAGGCCACCGCAUGACCAAGCCCUCAAGUGUCCAAGGUGUGACUCAACGCACACCAAGUUUUGCUACUACAACAACUACAGCCUCUCUCAGCCAAGGUACUUUUGCAAGACCUGUAGAAGGUAUUGGACCAAGGGUGGCACUCUUAGGAACAUUCCUGUGGGUGGUGGGUGUAGAAAGAACAAGAAGGUUUCAUCUAAAAAACCCAAUGACCAACCCAACCAAAACCACCUUGGAUCAUCAUCAUCAUCUCACAACCCUACUGAUCUUCAGCUUUCAUUUCCAGAGGUGCAAUAUUCACAGUUUAGUAAUAUACUUGGCACACAUGGGGCACUUGGUAACCCUACUUUCAUGGAGGCUAAGUAUAAUAAUAAUGGAAUGCUUGAGAAUUCCAUUAGGCCUAUUGAUUUUAUGGAGAAUAAGUUGGAAGCUAUAGUUGGGAAUUCUAGGAACUAUGAUUUCAUGGGGAAUGGUGAUCACUUAGGUAUGGUUGGUGGGCUUGGUGAUCAUCUUAGUGGUCAUAGUUUGGCACCACAAUUUGGUCUGUGCUCUCCAUUUGGGAUGUCCAAUAUUGAUGGGAAUAGUGGGACUUUCAUGGACACAUGCCAGAGGUUAAUGCUACCAUAUGAUCAUGCAAAUGAUCAGGACCAUAAUGCAAUGGAUGUGAAGCCAAACACUAAGCUCUUGUCCCUUGAUUGGCAAGACCAAGGUUGUUCUGAUGCUGGAAAGGACUCGUUUGCUUAUAUCAACGGUCUAGGAUCUUGGUCUGGCAUGAUGAAUGGUUAUGGACCAUCCACGACUAAUCCAUUAGUUUAAGCUAGUUAAUCUUGAGUACCUAUCCACAAAGUCAAAGGUUUAUCAUCAUGGGUUGGUGUGAUAAAUGACUUAAUCACUCGCAUAAAUUAAUCUUAGAUUGUCCAACUAUCUCUGUAUCUAUAUGCCUUUGAUGGAAAGGUUGUUUUUUGUGUUUCUCUUUCUAUGAAGGUGGUCUUAUUACAAUCUCAGUGUGAAUGAGAAGCAUUAUAGUCCAAAAACGACUGCCCUCAGCGCCUUACUAUUGGUUUUUUGUAAUUUAAUAUUUGAUCUCUUCGUUCUAAUUUGUUGUCUUGUGUGUAAGACAUUCAAAGCUCUAGGAUUUUGUUGUAAUCUCGAGGAAGAUAUAGUAGUGCUUUUCCGGUUUAAAAAAAAAUGCCUCAUAGUAGUGUUUAGUCUAUCAGAUCUUUAUAUAUAUAUGCUUUUGUCUCUA